CCUCGGAUUAAGUGAAACAAGGACAAAGAGACAGGAGCGGUUAAUGCUGAUGAGCAUUGAAAGAAAGGGGAAGAAAAAGGCAGAAAAGUGAUGGAGCCCAUGACGGUGACUACGUCAGUGGUUGGACCCGACGAGUUCGACCGCAAUGCCCCACGGAUCUGCGGAGUGUGCGGGGACAAGGCCACCGGCUUCCACUUCAACGCCAUGACCUGUGAGGGCUGCAAGGGCUUCUUUAGACGCAGCAUGAAACGUAAAGCCUCCUUCACCUGUCCUUUCAACGGGAGCUGCACCAUCACUAAAGACAACCGGCGCCACUGCCAAGCCUGUCGUCUUAAACGCUGCAUCGACAUCGGCAUGAUGAAAGAAUUCAUACUGACGGAUGAGGAGGUUCAGAGGAAAAGGGAAAUGAUAAUGAAGAGGAAAGAAGAGGAGGCAGCCCGGGAGGCGCAGAGGCCCCGACUGAACGAGGAGCAGGCCCGGAUGAUCUCCAGCUUGGUGGAAGCUCACCAUAAGACCUACGAUGCCUCCUAUUCUGACUUCUCACGCUUCAGGCCUCCAGUGCGUGACGGCCCGGUAACACGCAGUGCCAGCAGAGCUGCCUCCCUUCACUCACUGUCUGAUGCCUCCUCUGAUUCAUUCAAUCACUCACCUGAGUCUGUGGACACCAAGAUGAACUUCAGUAACCUGUUGAUGAUGUACCAGGAUGGAGCGAGUAGUCCAGACUCCUGUGAGGAGGACACCAAGCUCUCCAUGCUGCCCCACCUGGCUGACCUGGUCUCCUACAGCAUCCAGAAAGUCAUCGGGUUUGCCAAGAUGAUUCCAGGUUUCAGAGACCUGACCGCAGAGGACCAGAUCGCUCUGCUAAAGUCGAGUGCCAUUGAGAUCAUCAUGCUGCGCUCCAACCAGUCCUUCAGCCUGGAGGACAUGUCCUGGAGCUGCGGGGGACCCGACUUCAAAUACUGCAUCAACGAUGUCACAAAAGCUGGUCACACCCUGGAGCUGUUGGAGCCGCUGGUGAAGUUCCAAGUGGGCCUGAAGAAACUCAACCUGCACGAGGAGGAGCACGUGCUGCUCAUGGCCAUCUGCCUGCUGUCCCCAGACCGCCCUGGUGUUCAGGACCAUGCCCGCAUCGAGCAGCUGCAGGACCGUCUGUCAGAGGCCUUACAGGCCUACAUCCGGGUCAACCACCCAGGCGGACGCCUCCUCUACGCCAAGAUGAUCCAGAAGCUGGCCGACCUGCGCAGUCUGAACGAGGAGCACUCCAAGCAGUACCGCUCGCUCUCGUUUCAGCCUGAGCACAGCAUGCAGCUUACCCCGCUGGUGCUGGAAGUGUUCGGCAGUGAGGUGUCAUAGCUGAGGAAGAGGAAUCUAUUCACAGACUCAUCAAACGUGGGAUGAUUACCAAACUCUGCUGCCUUUUCCUCAACUAAACCGAAGCACCUUGGACGCUUUGGAAGGAGACGCACCAUCGCUUCUACCUUCAUCUGUUUCUCCUUCUGUCAACUGCUCACCUUCCUGGAGGAGCAAAACCAUAACUGGAUCUCUGGGUUCACUAAUAUAAACGCGCUGCUGGAUCACCAGAAUCUCAAACCUCAUUUGCUUUUCCAAACAAGCUGCCUCGCUCAUUUUCUUCUUUUCCAUGACUACAGAAUCCAACCGUCUUUCAUCACCAUCCCUCCCACCGUCAGGAAGUUAUUUCCCCUCCACAUCUUCAUCGUCACAUUGCAGGAAACGGCGCUCGGAGUUACAUCUUCUGCUCAUCUUGGGUGAAAAACUCUUUGUAAAUAGUCAUGAACUUUUUUUUUUUUUUGGUUUACAGUUUCUAGCAGCAAAAAUCAUCCAAAUAUAUCAAGCAUCAGCGAACAUGAAAUAGGAACAGUCUGGUUUCUGGUGGGAGUUAACACCUCCUUGUAAAUUCUGCAUAUGUAAAAGGAAAAAAAAAAAAAAAGAAAAGUCAAAUCAUAUGAGGACAGAUGUUUUUGCAAAAGUCUUUUAAUUUGGGAUUGAUGGGUAGAAAGGUGCACUUUGGAAAAAACGAGGAUGCUGGGGGGGUGCUACGUUUGUAAAAUGAUCAAAAGAAGAAUGUAUGUUUUAUUUUACAUAUGAUAAAUAUAAGCUGUAGUACAAGUCCAAGAUUUAGACAUACCUAAAGCUUGGCUCGUACUGUAUAUAGAAAGAAAUACUUCUGAGAGUGUUGAAAAAAUGAUUCUAAUAAUGAAAAGGAUGUUAGGACCCCUCCUCAGAUGUGUGUGUAUAUGCCAACUUAUAAAAACAUAUGCACACAUGCACUGAGAUGCGUUAUGAGGAGUCGCUAUUUUUGCUAUACCUGUACAGUGUGCAAGAUUAUGGAUGGGCCACAAGGGGGUGUGUGCACAGGCUCUGACUGAACAUUCAAUGCAACUAGGCUCUCGGUUGUGCUCUCUUAAUUUCUGGACCUGUGAAGUUUGUCGGCUGACCUACACAAAGAUAACUUCCUGUUUUGUGGACGGCUAUUUUUUCAGAAAAAAAAAAGAAAACAAAAUAAAAUUGUCGGACUGGUUGGAUUGCUGCUAAGACAGAACUCAGAUAGUUGGACAGAAACCAGCUGCCAGCUGUUGCCUCAGGGAAAGUUUGUCUGGCGAUUCUCUGGUUUUUAUGGCAUGUGUGUGUGUUUGGCGUUAGCUUACAAUCAGGAGAGGGAGGUUUAGAGAGUUUUUGAAGCUCAAUGCAUCACUGUGAUUUCUAAUUAUACUGAACGACAGCAAAAGGAAGCUAAGAGGUAAACAUUUCUGGAAGAAAAAAAAAUCUCUAUAUAAGAAACCUUUUUAGAGGAUCCUAUUGUCUGUACGAGGGUAUAAAUACAUUCUAGCUACACAGUCACUUUUAUGAAAUUAGUAGAAGCCUUAAAUGUAAUGUUUUUAAAGAUAAAACAAGUUUUCUAGAGCAGUGGUUCUCAUCAUAAUGUCACCACCACAGAUACAGUUAUAAUUCAGUGACAGUGCACAGUUGGUAAAAAAAACAAACAAACAAACAGCAUAAAGAUUUUAGUGAAAUUAGAUAUUAAAGCAGGAGAGUCUGAGUUUUCUCAUCCAAUCUUCGCCUCAAAAUCCAAUAUGGCCUCCUUACAAACAAAAGUAAGGGUUAGUCCCCCUAAAACUUUAUGCUUAACCUUUUAAAACACAAAAAAUGACACAGUAUUGGACAAAGUCCUUGCAUUAAUCUGUUGACAAGGUGUUUUAAAGUCCAAAAACCAUAUUUGGUGUAUAUUAGGGGAGUGGUGGUCUAGUGGUUAGGGCAUAGAGCUUUAAAUCCUGAGGUUUUGAGUUUGAGCCCAGCUCUCAUAACUCUCUGGGUCUCUGAGCAAGACUCUUCACCCCACAAUGCUCCCCGGGCGCCCCACAGUGGCAGCCCACUGAUCCCCAAGGGGAUGGGUUAAAUACAGAGUUCAUUUCUCCAUUGUAAGAUCAGUGAAGUUCUAUUAUUAUUUAUUGUAAGAUAGUUUAUUAAUCCAGCUGGCUUUUUACUCCCUGAAUUUAUUUCUAAUUUCUACUUAAAAAUUAUUGUUUUUUAUUUUUACACUGAUUGUAAAAUAUUUCGAUGGAUUAUCUUAAAGCAAUAGAUUUAAAUGUAGGAAUUUUAUGCUAAUUAUUGCAACAUAUGGUAAAACCUUUGGCCACUAGUUGGCGCCAAACCGAUUUCCAUAUGAUCCUCACCAUGUUUAUUUACAUUAAC